AUGGUAGUAUUUACAACCGACAAAUUCGUUGUCACGGAAAGUUACGAUUCUCUAUGGGCUCGGCGGAAUAGGAAAGACCUGAGUGGCAAGGAUCGGGAUACGCUCUUACGAUCGUUAAGCUUUGCCCUGAAUCGAGUACUAGGACAGCCCGUGGAAAGCGGGGCGACCGAUGAUAGAAAAGUAGAGCAACGAGCCAAGUAUAUGCUACGGUGGCUAUCGUUAGAGGGGUUGACUAAGCUAGGAGAGCCUUUCCCGUCUAGCAAAGCAGCGGUUUAUCAGCCAAGAACACUACAAGAAAGCUUAAAGGCGACUCAGAUCAUACUAACAAAAGUAGAUAUAUUUGCUCUUACGGGUUAUCUAGAUGGAUUGCCUCUAGCUAUUAUCCUCGCUAGGGCUUUCAUACGUGAGACUGGAACUAGUAUUACCGAGUACUUGAAGUUUUACCGAGAAACUUAG